GUUCAUUGUUAUCGACUGUCCGUUUUCUAUUCAUUCAGAUUCGGUGCCUUGCGCCAAGCACAUUUUAUAUAACCUUUUCAUUUUUUCCUUAAAAGCAAAACAAAACCAGAAUGGCCAAUUUUUUAAAGACCGAAGAUCAGGUGAAGAUCAGUGAGAUUGUCGAAAAAUUGGUCAAUCAAAAUUCCAAACGCUAUACCAACGAUGAUGACUACUUUAACAUACCGUGCUGUUCCCGCGACGUGUUGCUCAGUUGCCCGGAAUUGUCCGGCAUUCGGGCGGUUUCCGACUUUGAAUCGUUGGUCCCUCGAGCCGGAUCAUCGCACAUUUACCGCACGGGCCAGCUAUUGACCAUCGGACGUCGCGUGGCCAGUCGCAUGGUGGAUCCGAGUGGCCAACGUGAGAUGCUUAACAAUCGCUAUCAACUGGACGAGCGCCUUCGAUCGGCUGGAAUCUAUCACAAUCGCCUGGGCAAUCCAUAUGGCCUUUCGUCUGAGAUUGAAGAGGGUGGACAUGGAGACACUGAUCCCGGCAAACCCAAUACAUCCAUGGGAUCCGCGGCCCAUUAACUAAUUUUAACAUUGGAGCCUGAAAAAAUUAAGACUGUACAUAUUUUAACUUUACGUUGAGAGGCAAUACCCUUCAUUAAAUACGAUUUAAAUCGAUGGUCUGUAAACACA